AUGGGUCUUAUGUUUGAAAAAACUGUUAAAAAAUAGACAAAUUAAGCUAGCACAAUGUAAGAAGAUGAGACAUUAAAUAAUUAAGUUGCGCAAGACAACAAAAUUUAUAUGGUUAUAGCAUUUAUAAAGAAAAACUAUAUAAAAAUAUGUGUAGCUGUGUUAAUCAUAAUUUCAAUUAUUUUAGUUUUAAGUUUUGUUGGUAAUGAGCUAAAAUCUUAUUUAGUAGAAAAACUUGAUUAGUAUAAAGAUCUAUCUUUGACAGGAUUUAUUUUCCUUACAACAUUAGGAACAAUCAUGGUUUUGAUCGGUGCACCAAUCCUUUUUUUUGAACUUUCUCUGGGGUGUAUAUUAAAUAAGUACAUAUUUGCAGUUUUAAUUGCUGCUUUUUCGAAACUAUUAGGGAUAUUUAUAAGCUAUUAGAUAACUCAAAAGUUACUUAUGAAUUAUAUUUUAAGAAAAUUUGGAAAUAAUCUUUAUCUUAAACUUCUUAGGAAGAUGAGUAAAAACUAACCUGCUAAAGCUGUAGGAAUGCUUGCUAUUAUUUAAAUACCAAUGCUCAUAAAGAAUUAUAGUCUACCCCUUUUUGAAGUACAUGUCUAAUAUAUAAUAUUAGUCUUUUGUAGUAUUUAAGUACUUCAAUCGUUUUUAUUUUGUUUUAUAGGCUCUACUUUCACCCCAUCUUAAUCAUAAAAUAUUGAUAGCUAAAACAGCAUUGCUAAAGAUGUUCUUACUUAUAUAUCAUAUGCAUUUACAAUUGUUGCAUUCUAUAUUAUCUACAAAGAAACUUAAAAAUUAAAAUAAUAGUCAGAAAUAGAAAACUAAGAUGAAGUUGAUAAUGAUAUUUAUGAUAAAGAUUUAGAAUUGCAGUAAAAAAUAUCAUAUACAAAUACAUAAUAACUAUAGCAAAAACAUUAAAUAAAACUAGUUUAUCCUAAUACUAAUCAAGACGAAUGA